AUGUUCACAUCACUAGGAGGUGUUGGUCUAAGAUCACCUAGACUUUCUAGAAGUAUGUUUUGGCUGGGUUUACUCACAAUUGUUAUUGGGUAUCUACUAACAACUGAAGACCUCUACAGAUAUGCCAAUUGGCAAAGUCGAGGGUUCUUUUCUGGGUCCUCUGCGGGGUUUAAUGCAUCGUCUGCUCAAGCCUCGAGCUCUUUACCCUUCAACUACAAGGCGGUUGUUGCAUACCAAGCCAAGGAUCGCAGUGAUGGCGUAUAUGCAAACAUAAAGAACAAUUCACCUACCGGGGAGGAUAAUUACUUCAUAGCAAUGAGAAAUUCCUCAGACCUUUACGCUGGCGUGGCUGAUGGUGUUGGUGGCUGGGCUGAGCAUGGGUAUGAUUCAAGCGCCAUCAGUCGCGAGAUAUGUUCAUGCAUGAGAGAUUUCGUGUUUACCUCUUGCGGAGGUAAGAGCACGCCCUUUACGCCAAAACAACUCAUUGAUUGGGGUUACACGAAGGUCAAAAAAGAUGAAAUUGUGAAAGUUGGCGGUACAACUGCUAUUGUUGCGCAUUUUGCCCCAAAUGGAAGUCUCAGCGUAGCAAAUCUCGGCGACUCUUGGUGUGGGGUCUUCAGAGAAUCACGCUUGGUGUUUCAAACAAAAUUCCAGACAGUUGGUUUCAAUGCACCUUACCAGCUUGCGAUCAUACCGGACUCAAUGUUAAAAGAAGCUGCCCGCAGAGGUGGUUCGUACAUACAGAAUAAGCCCAAUGAUGCAGAUGAAUACAAUUUCAAAUUGAAACAAAACGAUGUUGUGGUGCUUGCCACGGAUGGGGUCACCGACAACAUCGCUGUUGAAGAUAUGGAACUCUUCUUAAAGGAUCACGCAGAUGACGCUAAUUUACAAGACACAUGCCAAACAUUCGUUGAUCAAGUUGUGAAGCUAAGCAAAGAUCCUACUUUUCCAAGUGUUUUCGCUCAAGAGAUCAGCAAGCUCUCCGGAAAGCAGUAUUCGGGGGGAAAGGAGGAUGAUAUCACAGUUGUUAUUGUUAAAGUUGAAUAA